CCGGAUUUUUGCGAAAUGGUGUCUCAUCACUACCUUUUUUAUCAUACACCGUGACACAUACAAUGAUACAGUACCUCAGUAUAGCACGACACUCAAAUGUGCGCAGCCAUCCUCUUGGACGCAUCCAGUCCCACGCGCCAAGCGCCAUUCAUGUACACAUAUACACAUCUUUCUUCAUAAAUCUACGCCGUUUGUUUCGUGUUCAGCUCUCUCUCGGUGGAAAUACCAUCUUGGCCAUUUUGCUGAUCGGCCCCCUUACAAUCUACUCAGCAUCCCGUCACUGCUCUCAAUUGCUCGUAUGUAUGUCCGAGAUUCCUCGUAGUCAUUUUGCAAUUGCACCGAGUGCGCCGACUUGUAGUCGAGAUGAGUUCGGGGUCGCCCCCGAUCACAAACGUGGUACUUAUCCCGGUCCACGGCGAAGUUUAGGAGAUUUAGUCACCUCGAUUGUGUCCCUCGAUCUGGGGUCGUGUCGCUGUCGCAAAUAUCACCCUGGAGCCAAUUCGCAGGCAAUAUUGGCGUCAAGCCUGGAGAAGACUUCUCGACUUCUUCGUCGAGGUAUCAAUGCGGUUGAUUGCCAUGUGAUAUACAAGUUUUUCUAUGCCGGUCCAUUGACUAUUCCAUUGACGUCCACAUGUCCAUUUCUUCGCCGCUCCGUCGCCUUCUCUCACUAGGAUCGUCUCUGACUGCAAUUCCGGGUCCCACUGAGUGAGAGCUGCGAUGUGCUGGGAAAACCUAUAUAGUUCCGUUAAGUCAGCCAGCCUCUCUUGCAAGCUUCAUCCGGUUGUCACCAUACCUUUGUCUUGCU